ACCUCCCCGCCUUGUUGUCCAACUUCUCCCGGAGCAGCCGGAGAGCAGGCGUCGGGACGCAGCAAAGAGAGGAGAGGUACCAGGACUGUGGGCACGAGGGAGUCGGAACUCCUGCGCCCUCGACGUUCCCCCGUGCCCCCUUUCGGCGCCAGCACACCUGCCCUUGCCAGCCGGCGAGACCCCCGCCUCCUCAGCGGCGGUCCCGCCCACCUCCUCCUUUCUUAAUCUAGUUCUCUGUGUUCGGGCGGGGGGAGUCGAACUCGUGGGGUGUCAGUAUCCCGGGUUCGUCUCCCCACUACCGGUUCCCACCACUGAGUCUGGGGGCGAAGGAAGGAGCCAGAGUGCGAAUUGCAGAUCCAGACCCCAGAGUCAGAAGGAGUGAGAACCCUGACCCCUAAUCCCACUGCAUCCAGCCAAUAGGAGCCCAGUAAGUGACCCCACCCCGCAGGCUGCAGGCUCCUUCCUGUGCAGGCCACCAUGGCGGAGCUGCAGGAGGUGCAGAUCACAGAGGAGAAGCCACUGUUGCCAGGACAGACGCCUGAGGCGGCCAAGGAGGCUGAGUUAGCUGCCCGAAUCCUCCUGGACCAGGGACAGACUCACUCUGUGGAGACACCAUACGGCUCUGUCACUUUCACUGUCUAUGGCACCCCCAAACCCAAACGCCCAGCGAUCCUUACCUACCACGAUGUGGGACUCAACUAUAAAUCUUGCUUCCAGCCACUGUUUCAGUUCGAGGACAUGCAGGAAAUCAUUCAGAACUUUGUGCGGGUUCAUGUGGAUGCCCCUGGAAUGGAAGAGGGAGCCCCUGUGUUCCCUUUGGGAUAUCAGUACCCAUCUCUGGACCAGCUUGCAGACAUGAUCCCUUGCGUCCUGCAGUACCUAAAUUUCUCUACAAUAAUUGGAGUUGGUGUUGGAGCUGGAGCCUACAUCCUGGCGAGAUAUGCUCUUAACCACCCGGACACUGUUGAAGGUCUUGUCCUCAUCAACAUUGAUCCCAAUGCCAAGGGUUGGAUGGAUUGGGCAGCCCACAAGCUAACAGGCCUCACCUCUUCCAUUCCGGAGAUGAUCCUUGGACAUCUUUUCAGCCAGGAAGAGCUCUCUGGAAAUUCUGAGUUGAUACAAAAGUACAGAAAUAUCAUUACACAUGCACCCAACCUGGAUAACAUUGAAUUGUACUGGAACAGCUACAACAACCGCCGAGACCUGAACUUUGAGCGUGGAGGUGAUAUCACCCUCAAGUGUCCUGUGAUGCUGGUGGUAGGAGACCAAGCACCUCAUGAAGAUGCAGUGGUGGAAUGUAACUCAAAACUGGACCCCACCCAGACCUCGUUCCUCAAGAUGGCUGACUCCGGAGGUCAGCCCCAGCUGACUCAGCCAGGCAAGCUGACCGAGGCCUUCAAGUACUUCCUGCAAGGCAUGGGCUACAUGGCCUCAUCCUGCAUGACUCGCCUGUCCCGGUCUCGUACAGCCUCUCUGACCAGUGCAGCAUCCGUUGAUGGCAACCGGUCCCGCUCUCGCACCCUGUCCCAGAGCAGCGAGUCUGGAACUCUUUCUUCGGGGCCCCUGGGGCACACCAUGGAGGUCUCCUGUUGAAUGACCCUUGUUGCCCUAGUGUGGGACCCAGCCCUCACCUCCCCCAGAACUAACCUGGGAGGUGCUGAAGGGGCAUUGGGCCACAGUAAGCAAGGGAAAAAGGGCAGAUCAUGUGGGGAGAUGACCUUGAUCUUUGAUUGCUACCCUAACCUUGACCUUUAACCCAUGAUUCCCCCCAGCUCCUGGAAGAGAUGUCCUAAUAUCUCUUAGGGACCCAGACCCCUAAAUUCUUCUCCUCCCCCAUUUUGGUGUUAAGGUGGAGAGGGCAUAUGCAUCCUCUGUCCUGAUCUAGGUGUCUAUAGCUGAGGGGUAAGAGGUUGUUGUAGUUGUCCUGGUGCCUCCAUCACACUCUCCCUACUUAUCCCAUAUUUGCAAGGGGAGGGGAUUUGGGGCUGGGGCUCCAUUCACCAAAGCUGAUAUGGCUUCUCAUUAACCCUUUAGGACUCUGAAGGGUAUGGACCUACGUGAAUGUGUGUCAGGGGGAGACUUGCUGGUGGGUUAGUGGUCCUCAGGAUGUGAUAGAAACAUCCAGUGUAUAAAGGAAGUUGGAAUGGGAGUUGGCGGGCAGUGAACGAGUGUGGGGAAGGAUUGGUGCUGGGGCAACAGGAAGGGGCCUGGGGCCGUUUGGCUGCACUAACUUUGGUAGCUCAGUGUGCAUCUAGAGUGGGACUGGGGAGGGAGCUAAGCUUGGGCUGGGCUGCUUGGGGCUUGGCAUAGGGGUGGAAAGGGCUGCCCUGGGGCUCUGACCACACUGUAGUAUGUGUGGAGGGUGCCCUCCUGUCUCCCACAACUUCUGCUAUAACAAUAAACUGUAGAGGAAUCUGA